AUGAGGUCUCACAGCGAGACCUGGGCGAGUCUGUUGCUGGCCCUGAUAUCGACUACAAACUUGACGACCGUAACUGCGUCGACGAACUGGGUGAGCGGGAUUUCGAGCUCUAUUUUCGUGAUCAUCUUCUCGCGCCGCGUGCCAAUUCUGAUGGCCUUUUCCCAUUCAAUGGUCCUGGACAACGCGGUAGUCCUCGAAGAGGCGGGAUCACCUUACGAGGCCGCGGAACUGCACGAGGCCGCGGUACUUCACAAGGAUGUGGUACUUCACGAGGACGUGGUGCUUCACGAGGACGCGGCGCUUCUGGAGCUUGUCGCCGAGGGAGAGGCAAGGGCUUUGGGGAAUUUGGAGGCAUGGACAAAGCUGGCCCCCCCGAGUCAGGCCACUUCGGCGAGGCUGACGACCAUCCCAAGGCUGAUGAACCCCUCGAAGCUGGCGGGCCACCCCCGACUCACGACCACUAGGAUGGGAGCGCAAAGCCUGUAA